AUGUCCGCCGACCUCGACGAAAAAGCCCCCCGGCCCGCCGGUAGCAGCAGCAGCGGCGGCGACCGCGCCACAGCCCGCGGCAACCACAUCCCGCCCCGCUCUUCCUCGCCCCGGUCCGUCUCCGGCAACACCUCCACCGACUCGGGUCCGGCGCAUGACAACGACGAGGAAAAGGCCCUGCCGCGACAUCACCAUGGCCCUGCCCCUGUCUUGCCCGCCGGCACCGUCUUGCCCUCGGGAGCCGAGGAUGUCGGCGCCGUGCUCGCCUCCCGCCCCGUCUCCCGCGCCUCCUCGGCCCGCUCGCGUCCGCUGACCAUCGUGCCCCGCGCACGCAGACGAGGGUUGUUUGGCCGCUUCACAGUCGUUCCCGAGGUCGAGAGGCCCUACGACUACGAGAACUCGACUAAAUGGGGCAUCACGGCGACCAUUGCCUUUGCCACCAUUGCCGCUCCUCUCGGCUCCGCCAUCUUUUACCCUGCGCUGCCCGCCCUGUCAAAAGAGCUCAACGUGUCGCCCACCAUCACCAACCUCACCGUCGCCAUGUACAUGAUCUCCAUGUCCAUCUUCCCCCUCUGGUGGUCCUCCUUUCCCGAGCAAUUCGGCCGCCGCUCCAUCUACCUGAUUUCCUUCUCCCUCUUCGUCGUCUUCUCCGUCCUCUGCGCCGUCAGCACAAACAUCUCCAUGCUCAUCGUCUUCCGCGUCCUCACCGGCGGCGCCUCCGCCAGCGUCCAGGCCGUCGGCGCCGGCACCAUUGCCGACAUUUGGGAGUCGCACGAGCGCGGACGGGCCAUGAGUACCUUUUACCUCGGUCCGCUGCUCGGCCCGCUCAUCGCCCCCAUAGUCGGGGGCGCCUUGGCCCAGUCGCUUGGGUGGCAGGCGUCCAUGUACUUCCUCGCCAUCUACGGCGCCGUCAUCUUCGUCUUGCUCUUCUUCAUGCUGCCCGAGACGCUGGCCAAGCGCGGGCAGGACGAGCCGGAGCCGGUAGAGCUGAGCCGCAUGACGACGGCGGCGUCGGCAAAGCUCAAGACCAAGAAGCUGGCCCGGGGCGUGAGGCGCGUCCUCGUCGACCCGCUCGCCGUCCUGCUCUUCCUGCGCUUCCCGCCCGUGCUCAUCACGGUGCUCGUCGCUGCCAUUGCCUUUGGUGCCCUUUUCGUCGCCAAUGUCUCCAUCCAGCAAAAGUUCUCGGAGCCCCCCUACGCCUUCAAGCAAGUCAUUGUCGGCCUGCUGUACAUUCCGCCGGGGCUGGGCUACUUCUCCGCAUCCCUCUUUGGCGGCAAGUGGAUCGACAACAUCAUGGCGAGGGAGGCGAAAAAGGCGAACCGGUACGACGAUGAGGGCAAGCUGAUAUACCUGCCCGAGGACCGCAUGCGGGAGAACAUAUGGCUGGCCAACACCCUGUAUCCCCUCGGGCUGCUGCUCUUUGGGUGGACGCUGCAGUACGGCGUCGUCUGGAUCGUGCCGUCCAUAGGAAGUUUUCUCUUUGGCGUUUCCUCCAUGCUGGUAUUUGCCACGGCCACCACCAUGCUCACCGAAUUCGUAAAGAAAAAAAGCUCUGCCGGCGUUGCGGUAAACAAUUUUGUGCGGAAUAUUUUGAGCUGCAUUGGCACCGUUGUCGCAGCGCCGUGGAUUGACGCCGUGGGAACUGGUUGGGUAUUCACCGCUAUCUGCUUUUUUUGCAUGGCCGCCGGAUACCUCGGCAUAUGGAUGCUGAGGAAGAAUGCUCGGCGGUGGCGCCAGUAUAUGGACGAGGCUUUGAAGAGUAUGUGA